GCUAGUCACUUGUCUGAGAUGGCACAGGUUCUCCUGCUUGAGCAGGGGGCUGGACUAGAAGGACUCCAAGGUCCCUUCCAACUCUAUUCUAUUCCAAGAAUGAAAAACCAGCGACAUUUUUCAAUAAAUCAGAUUUUAAGUAGAAUUCAUAAACAAUUAUCAUGUUGCAACAGAACAAAAUAGUCUGAAAUUUUAAUAAUUUAUGAACUUAUGUAUGUUUUGGGUCACUGCAGCCAUUAUCAUAAGUUAUAAACAUAUACAUCUAUAGCUAAAUGUGAAAAUUGUAACCAGUGUGAUCAGACAGAUAUGAAGGGUUGCAAUGUCCACCAUUAAAGUUGUUGGAUACAAAUUAGCUACGAUAUUACUAAUUUCACAGGUCUACGGAGAUUCUCAGUGAUCCAGAUUAUAGUUAUCCCACAGUGCUUUUUCACAGAAAACUGGACUUUCCUGUUUUCCUUUGAACCUGUUUUGUUUCUCAACCAAGAAGCUUCUUUAGCUCUGACUGGAUGGUGGGGAAUGGAAGGAUUUAUACUCCUUGCAGACAGCUGGUCAUUUGCAUUCUUAGAGAGCUGCUGAGACCACCUAAUUUUACAGGUCUGUUUGUAACUAUUGUUUUCUUGUUUUCUUUUUAAAAAACAUUUUGUUCCAUGCUUUGGUAAAAGAUAUUACAGUAAUACAUCACUGUUCUGAUGAUUGAUGUGCUUCAAAGCUGAGACAUUCAGCCCCUAAACAGGAGAUAGAACUCAACGUCUUAACAUCAAUGAAAUCCCGACACAGCUCUUGGCGAACUUCCCUGGAGGAAAUCCGACGCCUGGAACAAUCGGAGCCAAUCACAACCGGAGCGCGGCAGCAACGCAGAGCGACUGCAUUGACCCGAAGCGCAUUUACGGCCUUCGCGGAAGUUGCCGGAAGUCUCCAGGUCACGUGAACCUGAUUUGGCUUCGUCCUUCACCCUAUCAGAGGAGAGGGAAGGAGAGGAGGCGGGGAGAAAGAGAAAUAAGGAAGUACCCUUGUCUCGCGACUGUCUUUCGCGGUCCGGUGCUCUUCCUCCUCUCUUCUUUCCCUUCCGUUCGCUCCUAGCUCGGAUGUAAGGAUGGCUCAAGCUUCCCCGGUUCUGGCUCGGCCUUUGGUGUUCCUGCUGGUCCUCGGUUCCACUGCUUGGGUCGGCGCUGAAGCAGGAGCAGCUGGGCUCAGUGGGGAUCGGAAACCCAAUGUAGUGCUGAUUCUGACAGACGACCAGGACGUCUACCUUGGGGGAAUGACACCUUUGAAAAAGACCAAUGCUCUUAUUGCAGAAAUGGGUGUAACUUUCUCAAAUGCAUAUGUACCCAGUGCACUAUGCUGUCCUAGUAGAGCCAGCAUCUUGACAGGAAAAUAUCCACAUAAUCAUCAUGUUGUAAAUAAUACUUUGGAAGGAAAUUGCAGCAGCAAAUCCUGGCAGAAGAUUCAGGAGCCAUAUACCUUUCCAGUUCUACUCAAGUCUGAGUGUGGCUAUCAAACAUUUUUUGCUGGAAAAUACUUGAAUGAGUAUGGAGCAGAAGAUGCAGGAGGACUUGGCCAUGUUCCUCCUGGAUGGAGUUUUUGGUAUGCCUUGGAAAAAAACUCUAAAUAUUAUAACUACACACUUUCAGUAAAUGGAAAAGCACGCAAGCAUGGUGCGAACUACAGCAUGGAUUACCUGACAGAUGUAUUGGCUAAUAUGUCCUUGGAUUUUCUGGAAUAUAAAUCCAGCUUUGAGCCAUUUUUCAUGAUGAUAGCAACUCCAGCACCGCAUUCACCUUGGAUAGCUGCUCCACAGUAUAAGAAGAAUUUUGAGAAUGUCAGUGCUCCAAGAAAUAAUAACUUCAAUAUCCAUGGAAAGGAUAAACAUUGGCUUAUCAGACAAGCAAAGACUCCAAUGACUAAUUCAUCAGUACAAUUUCUAGAUGAUGCUUUUAGGAAAAGAUGGCGGACACUUCUGUCAGUGGAUGAUCUAAUAGAAAAACUUGUGAAGAAGCUGCAGUUUCAGAGAGAGCUGGAUAAUACAUAUAUUUUUUACACAUCAGACAAUGGAUUUCAUACAGGCCAGUUUUCUUUGCCUAUUGACAAACGGCAGCUGUAUGAAUUUGAUAUUAAAGUUCCAUUGCUUGUUCGAGGUCCAGGAAUAAAACCCAACCAGAUAAACAAGAUGCUUGUGGCGAACAUUGAUUUAGGUCCUACUAUAUUAGAUAUUGCAGGAUAUGAUCUGAAUAAAACUCAGAUGGAUGGAAUGUCAUUGUUACCAUUGUUGAGAGGAGAAAUAAACAAGACCUGGCGAUCAGAUGUGUUGGUUGAAUACCAAGGAGAAGGACAUAACAGCAGUGAUCCUACAUGUCCUGCUCUUGGGCCUGGUGUUACUCACUGUUUUCCGGACUGUGUUUGUGAAGAUGCAUAUAACAAUACAUACGCAUGUGUAAGGACGCUGUCGACUAAAUGGAAUCUGCAGUACUGUGAAUUUGACGACCGUGAGGUGUUUGUUGAAGUUUACAACUUGACUGCAGACCCACACCAGAUAACUAAUAUUGCAAAAACAAUAGAUCAAGAAAUUUUAGAAAAAAUGAAUUAUCGGCUAAUGAUGCUACAGUCCUGUGCUGAAGCAACGUGUCGCACACCAGGAGUUUUUGAUCCAGGCAAACCAUUCAAGACAAUGGAUCCGAAGAGCAUCAGGAGAAGGAAAUACAGUGAGGAUUUCCUACAAUAUGGCUUCACGUCUAUUUGUACAGUGGGAAUCGAGAAACCGCAGUGUGUACUAUGCUCCGAAGUAUUGUCAACAGAAUCAAUGAAGCCGAACAAACUUAAACGGCAUUUUGAGACCAGGCAUCAAAGCUAUGCUGGCAAGGACAUAAACUAUUUCAGAUCCAAAGCUGAUGCACUGAAGAAAGGCAGACUUGACACUGGUGGCAAGUACCAGAAGCAAAAUGUAGCAGCCCUUGAAGGGUCAUAUUUGGUGGCACUCAGAAUCGCCAGAGCCAUGAAGCCUCACACUAUUGCAGAGGAGUUACUGUUGCCAGCAGCCAAAGACCUUGUUCGAGUUAUGAUCGGAGAAGAAUUUGUGACAAAAUUGAAUGCAGUUUCCUUGUCCAAUGACAUUGUCCGCAGAAGAAUAGAUGACAUGUCUGCUGAUAUUCUUGAUCAGGUAUAAAUUCAACCCACAUCUGAUGUUUGGCAACCAAGAAUUUCAGACUCGCAGAUUUCUUGCAUCUUCCCUGUAGCUGAACCUGCCAACCUGGCAACAAACCUGUUGUUUGUUGCCAACUCCAUUUCUUUGAAAUGACUGCAGAAAACUACCUAAUCUUUUCUGAUGUCUUGAGAGAUUAGAUCAGCUGAUCUUGCUGAUUAAACAAACUCUGACCAUGUGUUAGAGACAUGAUAUGUCCUAUCUACUCAAAUCUGAUUGCCACACAUGUUUCAUUUGAAGUUAAAUAUUAAUUUGGGAUGUGAAUCUGAAUGUCCUUGUUUGGUCUUGUUACAGAGGUUAGGACUGCUGUCUCCUAUGUACAACUAUUAACAGCUUUUUAAAAGAUACAGUUGCAUCUCAGUACUGCUUCCUUUCUGAAUCUAGUGAAUUAAAUUAAGCAGGUUAGUUGCCAUUUGUUUUCUUUCCUGUUUUUCAGGGUUAAUCAGGAUCACUGGCUAGAAUAUAUGUGUCUGAUAUUACACAUAUGUUGUUACCUACAGAAUCAGCUCAAUAUUUUGAGUCAGUAUCAAACCAUUAAAUGUGUAUCCUCCCACCCACCCCCAACUGUAUUUUCUGCUUGAAGUGUACACUGAAACAGUACAAGUUCUACAGUGAAAUUAUAAGGCAUGCCACUCUGAAUAUUUAAACUGGAACUUGGGCCAAUAGUUUAGAAGACCUGGUAUCCUUAGGUGCAAUAACUAAAAUGAAAAUUGCAUUACAUCAGUACAGAAAUUCCUUGCAUUAUAGGACAUUUUUUUUCAUGGAUGCAUUUGCAUCUAAAUCUAAGCGGGAUGGCUAUUACAUGGCUCAGCACAUUUGUAUUCUUCACUUGUAAUGCAAUAUAUUUUUACACUGGAUAGUUCUUAAGAAAAUGUCUUCAUAAAAGCUGGUCACUGCAUAAGAAUAGCUUUCUGAAUGGACUUCUUGCAAAUGACAUGGAACUUGUUCCUGGGCAAAGCAGAGUCAAAGACUAGCUGUUUCUCAAAAGAAAACUGGCAUCUUUAUGACAAUCUAUUAAAAAGGAUAUAACUCUUAUGGUGGAUAAAUAAUUUGAAAUAAGAUUGCUUCAUUUUAUAACUUAUAAAAUCAAUUUUUAUGAUAGUUUCUGUCUGAAGAGAGUUUCUGUCUGAAGAAAUAGCAAGACAACAGCAAAUGACUCUGAAAUACACUAUUGAACAUCUGAUCAGGAGUGCAGUUCCUUCUUAAGUGCCAUUUCUUUCCGUACUUACCUUUUGGUGAAUCUUGAGCUUUGAUUUAUUAUAGCUGAACAUGUUCAAGCUUUUGUAUUGUAUCUUUAGUUUCAUCAGUUUAGAGAUUAAGGAUCUAAAUCGAACAAUACAUGGAAAACUGACAUGCGAUUGGAUCCAAUCUUAUGCCAUCCUUAAGGUGUAACUUAAAAUGAUGGCACACAUUACUCAUACCCAACUUGUACCCAGGUUAUUUCAACAUGUAGGAGUGUAAACUAUGACCAGGUCUGAACUUAACAGCUGGAUGGUUCUGAAAUCAGAUUUGUUUACAUUUAAUGCUUUCAAAGUUCCAGCAGCUUUUAACAUUCUUAAGAAAGUGAUUAAAUUUCUCAUGUGAUUGAUACCUAACAUACACUUGAGGUAAUUCAGGUUCAUGCCUAGCAAAAUAUUUAAGAUUAUUUUUAUGUCUGGAUCAGAACAUAGUAUUAUGUCUUCCCUUCAUACUAUAAUGACUAAUCAUUCAAAAACAGUGCAAAACCUAGAACAGACAGAAAUUCAGUAUUGAACUGUUGCUUACUGUAUAUUAGGCUUGUUUUAUUAUGUACAACUAUUAUAGAAAUUCACCUAUGUAUUUUUCAUAUUUAAUUAAUGCACUCAUAAACAACUUCUAAAUUAAUUAGUAGUGUAAGGAGAAAUCAGGAGUUAAGCAUAGAAUUAACAUACUGUGAAAUAUUUUGAUGGUUUUGCUUUCCUAUUAAAUGGCUUUACCUUACAACACUAA